AACCUCAUAUAAAAUACCAAAAUACACUUUGGUAGUUCUUCAAAAAGUUAAACGUAGAACUACCAUAUGAUCCAGCAAUUCCACUCCUAGAUAUAUACCCCCAAAAACUGAAAACAAGUACCCAGAUACCCAUUGUUCUACACACAGCAUUAUUCACAAUAGCCAAAAAGCACAAACAACCCAAGUACCCAUCAACAGAUGAACGGAUAAACAAAAUGUGGUAUACAAUGGAAUAUUAUUCAGACUUCAAAAGGAAAUUCUGAUACAUGCUACAACAUGGAUGAACCUUGAAGACAUUAUGCUAAGUAAAAUCCAAUACAAAGGGAAAAAUGUUGUAGGAUUAAACUUAUAUGAAAUAUCCAGACUAGGCAAAAUCAGAGACAAAAAGUAGAUUAGAGGCUCUCAGCCACUGGGGGAAGAGGGGAAUAAGGAACUAUUACUUAGACGGUACAGACUUUGGAUGAAAAAACUCAGGAAAGAUAUGGGUGAUGGUUACACAACAUUACCAACGGCUUGAAGCCACUGGCUUUUACACUUAGAAAAGGAUAAAACACACAUAACACAUAGAUGUUAUUGUAUUUUACUACCAAAAAAAUGCUAAACACAAUACGUGGCACAUGAAAAGUGUUCAUAAAGGUUAACGGUAUUGUUAAUAUUAUUCCUGGGUGUGAUAAAGCAGAUAAUAAAAGUUACUGCAAUGUGGUCUUACGUGUACUUUCAAGAGGAAGAGUAAAAAGGGCCUGUUAGAACACAGAGCAAGUGAUGUAAGUAGUUCCUUUGAUGUGGGAGGCUGGGGAGUCUGUGCAGGAGGAGACUAAUAAACUCCUAUUAAACCCUUUGGGGAUGGGGGUUGGGAGGGCAGAGGACUCGGAGAAAAGGAUCCAAGAAGCUUCCUAAAGGGGGAACCACAGGAACUUGAGGCCUUAGCCAAGACACCUACCUCUCUGCCACUUUCUGAUCUAAGAACUAGGGUUCUGGUUUUUCAACGCCUGGGACAUACUCGGGGCUCCCAAGCCAGUGCAAUAAGGCUGCUAUUUCCUUUCGUCCUAACAGGUGGGGUCUUUCACCUGAGGCAGGGAUAAGAGGUUCAGGCCCUCCUGACCCACAGUGACCUGGCUACCCCUUCUUUCCACAGAUGCACCCCAGAGCUGGCCCUCCUGCCUUUGCCAUGGCUUCAUCAGUUUCCUGGGGUUCUUGCUGCUGCUGAUCACCUUCCCCAUUUCAGGCUGGUUUGCCCUGAAGGUCGUGCCCACCUAUGAGCGCAUGAUCGUGUUUCGACUGGGCCGGAUCCGCACCCCUCAAGGACCCGGUAUGGUUCUGCUCCUGCCCUUCAUUGACUCUUUUCAGAGGGUGGAUCUGAGGACACGAGCCUUCAAUGUUCCUCCCUGCAAGGUGAGGGGCUUCUCGGCUCCCCUGGACAGAGGGAGUCGGGCCUUGUGCAGGGUGUAUUGUGGAUGCCAGUACCUCAGCCUGUGAGUAUCCAUCAGGGGUGAGGGGUGGCAAAGACACCAAGAAAGAGGAGGAGGGAAAAUGGGAGGGCGUCCUUGCUCCAUCCACCUAACCCCAUGCCCCCGAGGAGCUAGAGACCAGGCGAGUGGGCCUGGCCUCCCUGAAGCCGCAGCCCCUCUUUCAUGUCCUCCCCCAACAGUUGGCCUCAAAGGAUGGGGCUGUGCUGUCCGUGGGAGCCGAUGUCCAGUUCCGCAUCUGGGACCCAGUACUGUCAGUGAUGACGGUGAAAGACUUGAACACAGCCACGCGAAUGACAGCCCAGAAUGCCAUGACCAAGGCCCUGCUCAAGAGGCCUCUGCGGGAGAUCCAGAUGGAGAAGCUCAAGAUCAGCGACCAGCUCUUGCUGGAGAUCAACGAUGUGACCAGGGCCUGGGGGCUGGAGGUGGACCGCGUGGAGCUGGCAGUGGAGGCCGUGCUCCAGCCACCCCAGGACAGCCCGACUGGGCCCAGCCUGGACAGCACCCUUCAGCAGCUGGCCCUCCACUUCCUGGGAGGAGGCCUGUCUUCAGUGGCAGGAGGUGCCCCUCUCCUGGGUACAGAUACCUUGGAGAUGGUGAGUGAGGUUGAGCCGCCUGCCUCUCACGCUGGUGCCGGGUCCAGCCCCAAACAGCCUGUGGCCGAGGGGCUGCUGAUGGCCCUGAAACCCUUCCUGUCUGAGGCCCUGGUCAGCCAGGUUGGGGCCUGCUACCAGUUCAAUGUCAUCCUUCCCGGUGGCACCCAGAGCAUCUACUUCCUGGACCUCACUACAGGGCAAGGGAGGGUGGGACACGGGGCACCUGACGGCAUCCCUGACGUGGUGGUGGAGAUGUCCGAGGAGGACCUGCAGGCCCUGUUGUGCAGGGAGCUGCGGCCCCUCGGGGCCUACAUGAGUGGGCGGCUGAAGGUAAAGGGCGACCUGUCUGUGGCCAUGAAGCUGGAGGCUGUCCUCAGGGCCUUGAAGUAGCAGGCUUGGCUGACUGGCCACAGCCCAGCCCCGAGCCUAGCACCAAGCCAGGGGGGCGUCUUGGAGGAGGAUGCAUUGGCAUUGCACCUUGGAUUAUUGACAAGUUUCAGGCCCAGCAGGAGCCAAGGAGUGGAGCUGGGAGACACAGGAGACUGGGAGAGGUCGGGUCAGGCAGCCCUGCCCCUCUUACCCACUUGGUUCUUUGGACAAGCCUUUGCUGAUCCUGGUCCCCUGCCAAGUGCCCAGCGUAAACUGGGCACACAACACCAUGACAGGAGAGCCAGGCCUGCUCGGGCCUGCUGGCCACCUGACUGGAGAGAUAGGGGUGACAGAAACAGCCUGACAGCAGCUGGUUUGGUCUCAAUGUGAGGGAGCAAUGCAUGUGGCUCGGGCCCCUGGCUCCAGAGCAGGGGUUGGAGAGGCUGGGGGAGGGGGAGGGAGAGGGGAGGUGGCCACCCAGAGGAGGUCCCUGCAGUGGCAGGGAGCUGGGGACCAGACUGGCCCACCUUGCUGAUUGCAGACUAGCCCCAGGCUAGCCCAAGGGAUGAGGGGGACAAGAAAGAGUGGGGCCUGCGCCUCCUGGCCCUGCUCCUGAAGAUGCCUUGUCUCAUCUCCAGCUCUUGUCUUGCAUGCCUUAGGGGCCAGGGCCCAGGGCAGCAUGCAGGAGAGCCCUGCCCUUUUCUGUGCUUCCUCCCAGAGGUUUGAAACCCUCAAAUAAAUAUGGUGUUUACAAUGUA